AUGGAUGAAGCAGCGAAAAAAAAACAUUGCAAUCUUCUGAUGUUCGAAUAUAAUCCUCCUUCUCCUUCCGCAUACAGCAAAACAAGUCACUCGAUGCCAUUAAUGAUUGACUACACUACAUCGCUGGAAAACAGUUGUAUUCAAAUACAAGAUAACUUUGUACUCACGUCCUUUGUCGAACCUAUUAGAGUAAAGCCACGUAAAUGUAAGCCUCCGACCAAGUCAACCAACGACGCGGCUAUGAAUAAUAUUGAUUCUGAUGCUAUUACUACGGGUGACACUAUUAAUACAAGUAUCAGUAACAACAUCUGGAAAUCACCUUCCGUCUCGACAGAUGAACGCGGUUUCCCUCUAAACUCCACCCAUCCGUCUCCGCUUGCACCCCCAUCGGUCUUGUCACCCGUAAUUUCCUCAAACAAGCUUAAACCAUCUCUUCCAACUGCAACUCACAAAUCCUCACCUCUUCCUAUUUUAUCCAAUCAAGUGUCUAGUUUAUUUAUGAAUGAGACCUCACAGAUUUCUCUUACUGAGACCAACCGUGCUCCUCGGCCACCGAAUGCAUUUAUUCUUUACCGUCGGCACACGCAGCCUUUGCUCAUCAAUCAAGAACCAAAGCUAAAAAAUUCAGAAAUUUCGAAGAAGUUGGCUCAAAUGUGGAGAGACGAACCGGAUCACGUAAAGCUACAUUGGCAAAGAUGCGCUGACAAAAAGAAGUUGGAACAUAUGAAGAAGUAUCCUGGAUAUAAACUCGCACAGAAUAAUUUUGAUGCCACUAAUAACGUUGAUAUUAACUAUGCUAAUAGCAAUAAACAUACGUAUUGUCAUAAUGACAUGUAUUCAUGUUCUGAAAUAACGAAUACGCCUGAAGUUGAUCCGACUGCCGAAUGGUAUCCAGCUAUAGACAUGUUAUCGCUCGGUACAUCCAAUGCGACUACUAGCAAAGUCGAGGAAAAUGAAGAAAUGCAUGCCAGCUUACAAGAAUAUUAUCAGAUGUUUACCGGAUUAGAAAACGUCGGCAAUAACCUGAGAAAUAUACCCAAUAUGAAUGUGACGAACAAUAUAAUUCACGCGAGUAACUUAAGUGGCAUGAGAAUGAAUUCCGAUGGGAAUGUCAACGGCAUCGAUGUACAUAAUAAUGCAAUGUUUAUGAACACAAGUAAUAUAUAUGAUGAAUAUGGCAACAUGAACGAAUGCUAUGGAGCAAGUAAUGAAUUCGCAAUGCAGCACAUAAACGCCUGUGUUGGCGACAGUACCAACAGUAGCAUUGGCAACGUUAUUUAUAAUAACGGUAUUAGCAACUGUGUAAUCUUUAGCCGCAAUGGGUUGAACGAAAGUCAGACAAUGUUUCCUGAAGAAAACGGUUCUUACUAUGUAGGAAAUGAAUUUAGUUAUUUAACGGAACAAUCUUUCUAA